UGCUGCAACACCUUGAAGCAGUCUACACUACAUUACACUCUUCACACACACAGAGAGCUUUUCUAAGGAACAACAUACCACUGGAACACAAAACACAACUGGAUUAUAUCGUAUUGAUUCUUUGUAACAGCAUAUAUCAUAAGGUAUCAUGUCUAUCACCGUGUAUUUCAGCAGUGUGAGCGGUUCCAGAGAGCUGAAGCAGCAGCAGAGCCAGAUCUUCUCCUUCCUGGACUCUAAGAAGAUCAAGUACCAGGCGGUGGACAUCACCCAGGGGUCAGAGGUCAAAGAGGAGAUGAGGAAGAAGACAGGAAACCCUACUGCUCUGCCUCCACAGGUCUUCAACAGGGACGUCUACUGCGGGGACUUCUCUGUGUUUUAUGAGGCGGUGGAGGCUGGAAAAGCAGAGGCCUUCUUUAAGCUGUAACAGCUGUAACCGAGAGAGGAAGAUCACCUGCCAGAAGACUCUCCCCUCCACUCUCAGCAUAAUGAUGAUGCCAUGGGGAAAUUAGCUUUUCAAAAAAAAAUGCAGUGCCUUCAAAAAAUAUUCACACCCAUUGACUUAUUCCCCAUUUUGUUGUGUUACAGCCUGAAUUCAAAAUGGGUUGAAAUGUUUGC